AUGAAGAUCACCGCCUCUCUUUUACUUCUUAUCCAUCUUGCCGCCGCUGGCCCCACAGUCAGCACUGCCGAGGGUCUCCCAGACCUCGCCACCUCCGGCGAAGACGGCUACAGCCUCUCCCACGGCGAGGCUCUCCAACUCGCUGCCAAAGUCUGCCCUGCCAAGUUCCCCCGGAAGUGCUCAAUCGGCAACUUCUGCUGCCGUACUAAGAAGUGUUGCAAGAAGGAAUGCUGCAAGAACACGGCAAGAUACUGCAGUGCCGAUUGGAAGGGUCUUGGAACCAACUCAAAGUCCGUGGUGUAG